UGGACUGAUGGAGGAAAACUGCUGAAAUCAUGAGACUACUUGAGGCACAAACCUCAUGUGAGUCAUAUGAACACUCUGGCAUAACACGCUUCGAGCAACAGAGGAGCAGAGAGUCGAAAGAAAGAGAUUGAGAUAAUGUUUUUUUACCAAACUCAGGAGAACAUGGGGGAAGCACUGUGUGUAAAUGCUCUCAAACCUGGAUCAUGCUGUUGCUGUUCAGAGAGAAAGGGCUCUCAACGCAGCCAGAGUACCCAGUCUGUGGAAGUGGAGUCUGUGAUGGAGUUACCAGAUCUGAGGAGAGUGCCACAUCCCAUGGAUUCACUCCAAUCACAGUGGUUCCAAACACUCCAGCUACAAAAGUCUGGGAGAAAGAGACUACGGAGUAACAGCGAUCCUUCCCAGGAGAUGGAUUUUGUGAAGAGAUUUCAGUGGCAGAGACAGGGCCUCCCGUUUGGAACGGCCUCAUCCUACCUGAAUCUGGAGAAGCUGUGCGAAGGUUCUUACUCUACAGUUUACAAGGGGAUUAGCAGAAUAAAUGGCCACUUGGUGGCUUUGAAAGUAAUCAGUCUGGAGACAGAGGAAGGAGUGCCUUUUACCGCCAUCCGAGAAGCAUCUCUUCUCAAGAGUCUGAAACACGCCAAUAUUGUGCUCCUGCACGACAUUAUCCAGACAAAGGACACUCUGACAUUGGUCUUCGAGUACAUGCACACAGAUCUGGCACAGUACAUGGCCCAGCAUCCUGGAGGACUUCAUGGUCACAAUGUCAUGCUCUUCAUGUUCCAACUUUUGCGAGGCCUGGCUUACAUCCACCAACACCACAUUCUUCAUCGUGAUCUGAAACCCCAGAACUUGCUCAUCAGUUGCCUUGGCGAGCUCAAAUUAGCUGACUUUGGUCUUGCUCGUGCCAAGUCCAUCCCCAGUCAGACAUACUCCUCUGAGGUGGUGACGCUCUGGUACCGUCCUCCUGAUGUCCUACUCGGAGCCACUGAUUAUUCUUCUGAUUUGGAUAUCUGGGGUGCAGGUUGUAUAUUGGUUGAAAUGCUCCAGGGUCAACCCGUGUUCCCAGCAGUUACUGGUACUCUGGAACAGCUGGAGAAGAUCUGGGCAGUGUUGGGGGUCCCAACUGAGGAUACCUGGCCAGGACUUUCCAAGCUUCCCAACUAUAAACCAGAGAGGGUCGUCUCCAGUAGACCUCAGAGGCUCCGAAUGAUCUGUGCCAGGCUGGGCCGGAUACCAGGAGCUGAAGACCUCACACUGAAAAUGUUAAAAGCUUUUCCUCGAGAGCGGGUCUCUGCACAGGAUGCACUUGUUCAUAACUUCUUCAGCGCUCUGCCGUCUCGGCUGCAUCAGCUUUGUGAUGCACAGUCACUGUUUACAGUUCCGGGAGUGAGGCUGCAGCCAGAAAUCUGUGACCUAUUUGCUCCUUACCAAAAGGGUCAUCGCCAAGCCAGUUCAAGCAAGUUUUGGUGAAAAACAAGAAUGUUCAACAGCCUUUUAGAAAGCAACGUCAGGAAGAUUGACUUAGCAACCAAGAAGUAAAAGCACAGUCUAGAGUUUGGACCUUCCAAAUAAACCCAGCCAUUUGUCUCUUAAUAGAGAGAUCCCUGGACCAGAAGAUUGAUGAACAAACGGGACUGAUGGGGGUUGACAAUUGAAAGAAAGUAGGGACUGAUCCAAGGCUUACAGAGACCUGUCAGGCCUGGGCUUGCCUACAAUCUCCUCCAACAAAAGAGCUCCUGAGGGAAGGAGGGGAUUAGUCUAAAGUUGAGUGAAGUUUCCAGGGAAGAUGGUUUCUUGGAUAAAGUCAUCAACAAAAGGAAUUGUUUGAGACUAUUUGUUAUAAUUUCCAAGGGGGAGCUUCUGCCAUUACUAACAGGAUUAUCACUCUACUGAUUCCACACCAGCAGAGCAUUAGAAAUGUGCAUUGUGGGCCAGCUGUUUAGAGCCUAAUUCAGAGGUCUUCUUAUGCUGUAUCCAAAAGAUGUGUAGGUGUUGAUGAGAGCGAGCGCAGUGCGGAAUUAAGAUGACUGAAAACAAAGAUUGGUUAUGGUAAAAUUGUUGCACAGAGCACUGAUGCACUAAUGAGUUACCAGCCUGUUUUAAUAUCCUUGAUCUCUGGGCUGCUGACAGACUAUGAACAGAAAAGGUACUCUCUGGUGUCUCCUGACAGGGAAGGCUGGUGGGAGUAGCUGGGAGUUCUUUCACUCCUACCACAUUUCUCACAGGGAUUCUUCCUGGAAGAAGUUAGAAGAAGAGUUCUUACUAACAGUGCUUUUCUCUGUUUCAUUCAAUCAUCUAAAGCACCUUUGCUCAUCUCCUAGAAUUUGGAGAAAUUCGGAAACUGGAAGCCUCAGCAUAGUUUCAAAGCAAAGCUGUGAGGGAAAUUUAAGCAAAGAAAUUAUUCUAAAGGCCUGAUCCUGCAAACCUUACAUGCGUGAAUAAUCCUUAUUCACCUAAGUAGUGCCACUGAAGUGAAUGGGAGAAUUGUAUGAGUAAGGAAUAUGCUGAUGAUUAAAGUGUGCAGGAUUAGACCCUAAAUCAGUGAUGACUUAGGACAUACUUUGAAUUUCUUAGCAUAUUUCACAAUCUCAAUGCUAUCUACCUUGACAGGGAGACAAACUAUGACUUCUCAAUUUAUACAUUGAAUGGACCUAAUUCUCAUUUACACUAAGUCCCCUUUACACAACCUCAAUGUGGGUGUUACUUAUGCCCACUUUCCAGCCCCUUUACAGUGUCAGAGGGAAUUUAGUGUAAAUAAUAUGACCCUCUGAUUCUGAUUUUGAGUUGAUUUGUGCAGCUUUAAAUUGGGAGUAAUUCCACUAUUCAGUGGGGUUAUACUGGUGUAGGUGUGGGAUAAGCAAGGUAAUAGAUUCACAGGUUCCAAAGCCAGAAGGAUCCAUUCUGAUUAUUUAAUAUGACCUCCUGUAUAGCACAGGCCAUAGAACUUCCCCAAAAUAAACUCCUGGAGCAUAUCUUUCAGCAAUCUUGAUUUAAAUGUUGUCAGUAAUGGAGAAUCCACCAAUUUACCCUUGGUAAAUUGUUCCAAUAAUUAAUUACUCUCACUGUUAAAAAUGUAUGCCUUAUUUCCAGUCUGAAUUUGUCUAGUUUCAACUUCCAGCCACUGGAUCAUAUUAUACCUUUCUCUGCUAGAAUAAAGAGCCUGUUAUCAAAUAUUUGUUUCCCAUGUAGGUACUUACAGACUGCAGUCAAGUCAUCCUUUAACAGUCUCUUUGUUAAGCUAAAUAGAUUGAGCUCCUUAAGUCUAGCACUAUAAAGCAGGUUUUCUAAUCCUUGAAUCAUUUUUGUGGCUUAUCUCUGAACCCUCUCCAGUUUAUCAACAUCCUUCUUGAAUUGUGGACACCAGAACUGGACACAGUAUUCCAGCAGUGGUUGCACCAGUGCCAAAUUUAGAGGUAAAAUAACCUCUUUACUCUUUCUCAAGGUUCCCCUGUUUAUCCAUCCCAAGGAUCGCAACAGCCUUUUUGGCCAGUGUAACACUGAGAGCUCACUUUCAACUAAUCUUUUUCAAAGUCACUGCUUCCUAGGAUAGAGUCCCCUGUCCUGUAAGUAUGGCCUAGAUUCUUUGUUUCUAGAUGCACGCCUUCAUAUUUAGCCGUAUUAAAAUGUAUAUUGUUUGCAGUACUUGCAGUACGCAGUUUACUAAGCAAUCCAGAUCGUUCUGUAUUUGUGACCUGUGCUCUUCAUUAUUUACCACUUCCUCAUCUUACGUGUCAUCUGCAAACUUUAUCAGUAAUAAUUUUAUGUUUUCUUCCAGCUCAUCAAUAAAAGUGUUAAAUAGUGUAGGGUCAAGAACAGCUCCCUGUAGAAACCCACUAGAAACAUACCCACUUGCUUAAUGAUUCCCCAUUUACAAUUACAUUUUGAGACCUAUUAGUUAGCAAGCUUUUAAGCCGUUUAAUAUGUGCCAAGUUAAUGUUAUAUAGUUUUAUUUUAUAAUCAAAAUGUCAUGUGACACCAAGUCAAAGGCCUACAGAAGUCUAAGUACAUUACAUCAACACUAUUACCUUUGUCAACCAAACUUUUCAACUCAUUAAAAAAAAAAAAAGACUUCAAGUUAGUUUGACAGGAUCUAUUUUCUAUGUUGAUUGCUCAUAAAUAUAUUAUCCUCCUUUAAUUCUUUAUUCAUUGAGUCUCUUUUGAGCCACUCCAUUAUCUAGCCCCAGGAUCAAUAUCAGACUGACAGGCCUAUAAUUAUCCAGGAGAUCCCAUUUACCUGUUUUAAAUGAUGGCACAUUAGCUUUCUUUCAGUCUUCUGGAACUUCCUCAGUGUUCUAAGACUUACUGAAAAUCAACAUUAACCACCAGUUCUUUUAAAACUCUUGGAUGCAAGUUAUAAGAACGUAAGAAUGGCCAUACUGGGUCAGACUGUCUUGUCUUCUGACAGUGGCCAAUGCCAGAUGCUUCAGAGGGAAUGAACAGAACAGGGCAAUUACCAAGUGAUCCAUCCUCUGUUGUCCAGUCCCAACAUCUGGCAGUCAGAGGAUUAGGGACACUCAGAGCAUGGAGUUGCAUCCCUGACCAUCUUGGCUAAUAGCCAUUGAUGGACCUAUCCUCCAUGAAUUUAUCUAAUUCUUUUUUGAACCUAGUUAUACUUGUGGCCUUCACAGCAUCCCUGGCAAUGAGUUCUUCAGGUUGACUGCAUUUUGCAAAGAAGUACUUCCUUGUAUUUGUUUGAAACCUACUGUCAAUUUCAUUGAGUUACUCCUGGUUCUUAUGUUAGGUGAAGGGGUAAAUAACACUUCCCAAUUCACUUUCUCCCCACCAUUCAUGAUUAUAUAUAUAUACACACACACCCAUACCCCCACACCCCUCUCUCUCAUAUACCCCCUUAGGUCGUCUCUUUUCCAAGCUGAGUAGUCCCUCUCUUUUUAAUCUCUCCUCAUAGAGAAACUGUUCCAUACGCGUAACCAUUUUUGUUGCUCUUCUCUGUACCUUCUCCAUUUCUAAUAUAUCUUUUUUGAGAUGGAGUGACCAGAAAUUUAUGCAGAUUCAAGGUGUGGGCAAACCAUGGAUUUAUAUACUGACAUUAUGAUAUUUACUGUCUUAUUAUCUAUGACUUUCCUAAUGGUUCCUAACAUGGUUAGCUUUUUUGACUGCUGUCGCACAUUGAGUGGAUGUUUCGAGAACUAUCCACAACAACUCCAAGAUCUCUUUCUUGAAUGGUAAAAGCUAAGUUAGACCCCAUCAUUUUGUAUGUAUAUUUGGGAUUACGUUUUCCAAUAUGCAUUUAUCAAUACUGAAUUUCUUCUGCCAUUUUGCAGCACAGUUGCCCAGCUUUGUGAAAUCCCUUUGUAACUCUUCACAGUCUGCUUUGGACUUAACUAUCUUGAGUAAUUCUGAAUCAUCUGCAAACUCUGCCACCUCACUGUUUACCCCUUUUUCCAGAUCAUUUCUGAAUAUGUUGAAAAGCACUGAUCCCAGUACAGAUCCCUGGGAGACACUGCUAUUUCCCUCUCUCCAUUCUGAAAACUGACCAUUUAUUCCUUUUCUUGGUUUCCCGUCUUUAACUAGUUACUGGUCCACGAGUAUUCCAUGACUCCA